UUUUUCAUUUUAUGAUACAUAAAUUCAAAUAAAUAAUAGUUAAUGAAGUUAAUAAAUUUGUAUCGAUAUCAAAGGACAUUUUGUUCGAUUAAAUAGGUAGUUAUUUAAAUAGUCAAUGAAAUUGAUUUAAUGGGACAUUGAUCUUUACAUUUUUUUAUUGCAUACAUAAGUCGAUUAGUGCAUGACUCAGAAUUUCUUUGUUAUAAUGACAAAGAAAAUAUGUGUAAUAAAGUCGAAUGGUUAACUGACUGGCUUUGACUGGUGUCAGAUUUCCGUUCGCAAAAGUUAUGAACAAAGCGAAUAUAUGCCCCACUGUUUCUCUCUCUUUGAUGAAUAGAUUACUCUAGUUUAACUACUAAACACACAUAAAGUUGGAUACAAAAAUUGUAAAAAAUAUAUUUCAUGGAGAAUUUUCGCCUACUUCCACCUCCACCCACUAUCAACAUAAAUAACAUAAUGGUUCACCCAACAUGUGGAUCUGAUCUUCGAAAAAGUACAAAAGUUGCUGCAAUGAUUGAUUUGAUUUUGUCCGGCUUUUUAAUCUUUUGCGGAAUUGCCGUUCUCAACAAUACGUUUGUCGGAAUUCGAGAUCCUGAGGCGUCUGCUUUUCCUGUCGGCUGCAUGAUCUUAUUCGUCCUGACAAUGGGAGCCGAGAUGUAUUUGGCAUUCCGUCUGUACCGAGCUGCUCACGAGAGAAACCUUCAACGUCUCAGAGCAUGGCUUAAAGCGGCCGGCGCUGUGAUGACAAUUUCCACCGUUUUGAUAGUCUUGAUACGACAUACGAUUUCAAAUGUGGGGCCACCGCCGUCACCACCAGCGCCGCCAACGCCACUACCACCGCCAAAUCCAUCCUCACCUUAUCCCCUCCUCUGGUUUUAUGUCGUGUACUUUAUCGCUGCAAUUUUUAGGCUGUACAUGCUCUGGAUCUUGUGGGCGUUUCUGGGCGAAUUUGAAGUUUCUUAAAAUUCUCAUUAACAAUGGAGGUCUCCUACACCGUAUGCUCGAGGAUUUUGACUAAACUAGUGUCAAACAAAUUGCAAAUUCAAUUAAUAUGAAAUUUGCAUAAGACACGAUCUCCCAAUAGUCACGUUUGGACUGGAUAUUUGCAUCCCAAGAGGAGAAAACUCGCCAUAAGUUUAAAAAGUGUAAAAUUAAAAUUAGUCAACGUUAGGAUUAUUACGCAUUUGUAUUUAUUAAUAAUCAUUUAGAUUUUUAUUUUGUAUAUUUCUGUGCACAUUUUUGAUUUUCUUAAAGAAUUUUAAGCACUCCGGUUAAAAUAAAAGGUAGAAAUUUCUGUUA